CAUGUCUGCAUGAAACAAAAAUCUACGUUAAGAAAAUGUCAUGGGGACUAGCCUGGAAACGGGUAUCAGAUGUGUUUCAUCUAUCAUUAUAUUACGGCACAGAUGAAACCUUAGACGAUCAAAACCGUCCACCUUCGUUGUCAUCAUCACGGCCUUUUCCAGGACCAUCAUCUGAAUUGUUUUCAUCAAAAGAUCGGUUUAGAAUCGAUCUAAAUUGGAUAGCAAGCGAAGAUGACGUCCAGGUUGCGUUGAGGCUUCAGUCUAAGGUAAUGGUGGCCUUGCCAUUGCCUCAAGAUACCGUGGUUAUUAAGUUGUCGGAAUGUGAUGAUGAUUAUGUGAGGACUAAUAAUGAGGAUGGGAAGUUGGUGUGUGUUGGAAUGGAGGUUGUGAAGCAGAGGGACCCACUUAAGGCAGUGGCAAUGUCACGGGUUGGAGGGUCGGGUCAACAAUAUGAUGGGAUGGGUGUUUUCAGUAAACUGAUGAAAUCGGAUUUUGCUGUAGAUCAUCAGUCUGUUUGUGGUGAUCAUUGGAUUAAUGUUACUGUUGUUAGUGUGUAUGGUUGUGGUUUGUCUAUGUUUCCAGUUGAGUUGACUAAACUGCCACUUCUGGAGAAGCUAUAUCUUGAUAACAAUAAGCUACUCGUUCUUCCCCCUGAAGUUGGCGAUCUGAAAAACCUAAAAGUACUCACGGUUGAACAUAACUUAUUGGUGUCUGUACCAGUUGAGCUCAGGCAUUGCGUUGGACUCGUGGAAUUAUCACUUGAACAUAAUAAGCUUGUCUGUCCUCUUCUUGAUUUCAGAGCAAUGGCAGAGUUACGUGUUCUUAGGCUAUUUGCUAAUCCACUUGAAUUUUUGCCUGAAAUCCUUCCUCUGCACCAACUCCGCCACCUUUCUCUUGCAAAUAUCCGUAUUGUUGCAGAUGACUAUCUAAGAUCUGUGAAUGUCCAGAUAGAGAUGGAGAAUAGCUCUUACUUUGUUGCUUCACGACACAAGCUAAGUGCAUUUUUUUCCCUUGUAUUUCGUUAUUCUUCGUGCCACCAUCCCUUACUAGCGUCUGCCCUUGCAAAGAUGAUGCAUGAUGAGGGAAACCGUGUAGUCAUUGUUAAAGAUGAAAAUGCAGUACGACAACUGAUAAGCAUGAUAAGUAGUGAAAAUCAUCAUGUGGUUGAGCAAGCUUGUUCUGCACUUACUUCUCUUGCCUCGGAUGUAGUUAUGGCACUUCAGUUGAUGAAAUGUGACAUUAUGCAACCCAUUCAAAGAGUUCUGAAAUCUGCUGGCCCUCAAGAGCUGAAAUCUGUUUUACAAGUCGUUGCAAAGUUGGGGUUUGUCUCUGACAUAGUGGCCCAAAAGAUGUUGAACCGAGAUUUAAUAAGAUCAUUAAAAUUGCUAUCAGCUCAUAAAGAUCCAGAGGUACAAAGGUCCGCUUUAGUAGCUAUCGGGAAUAUAGCCUUCUGUUUAGAGAACCGCCGGCUUCUUGUUGCUUCUGAAAGUUUGAGGGAUCUUCUUUUGCGGCUUGCAGUUUCAUCUGAGUUAUGUGUGAAGAAAGCUGCAGCUCGCACUCUUGCAAUUCUUGGGGAGAAUGAGAGUCUACGGCGUUGCAUCAAAGGAAGGCAGGUGGGAAAGCAAGGAGUGAGGAUACUUACGAUGGAUGGAGGUGGAAUGAAAGGUCUUGCUACUGUACAAAUUCUUAAAGAAAUUGAGAAAGGGACAGGAAAGCAAAUUCACGAGAUGUUUGACCUUAUAUGUGGCACAUCAACUGGUGGCAUGCUUGCAGUUGCUCUGGGAAUAAAACUUAUGUCCUUAGAAAAAUGUGAAGAUAUAUACAAAAAUCUUGGAAAACUUGUUUUUGCGGAGCCCGUUCCAAAGGAUAAUGAAGCAGCAACUUGGAGAGAGAAGUUGGAUCAGCUUUAUAAAAGUUCGUCACAGAGUUAUAGAGUUGUUGUUCAUGGAUCUAAACACUGCGCUGAUGAGUUUGAAAGAUUGUUGAAAGAAAUGUGUGCCGAAGAAGACGGGGAUCUCUUGAUAGACUCAGCAGUUAAAGGGAUUCCAAAAGUUAUUGUAAUUUCAACUUUAGUCAAUGUGUCACCAGCUCAGCCAUUUAUAUUCCGUAAUUACCAGUACCCUGCUGGCACACCAGAAUCUCCUUUGACGAUUUUAGAAAGUUUAGCAACAUCUACUACUGGUAAUCAAAUUGGAUACAAAUCUGGUUCUUAUAUGGGCAGCUGUAGACAUCAUUUAUGGCAAGCUAUACGAGCAUCAUCUGCAGCUCCAUAUUAUCUUGAUGAUUACUCUGAUGGUGUAUUUCGCUGGCAAGAUGGUGCUAUUGUUGCAAAUAACCCUACUAUAUUUGCAAUACGAGAAGCACAACUUUUAUGGCCAGAUGCAAAAAUUGACACCUUAGUUUCAAUUGGUUGUUGUGCUGUUCCAACUAAAGUCCGAAAAGGUGGGUGGCGUUAUUUGGACACUGGUCAAGUGUUGAUUGAGAGUGCAUGCUCAAUUGAGCGCAUUGAGGAUAUGUUGAGCACAUUGCUCUCCAUGAUUCCUGAGAUUCAGUAUUAUCGGUUCAAUCCAGUUGAUGAACGGUGUGAUAUGGAGUUGGAUGAGACUGAUCCCACAAUAUGGCUUAAGUUGGAGGCAGCCACUCAUGAUUAUAUCAAGAACAAUUCCUCGGCGUUUAAAAAAGUGUGUGAGAAUUUGCUUCAGAACAAUAGUGAUGAGAAAUUGCCUGACAAUUUACAGUCACAACAGUUAUUCAAGGCAAACCGUCCUAACACCGGUGAGAAUGGACCUUUUUUAGGUUGGAGACGUAACAUGCUACUCGUGAAGGCUUCUACAGAUUCUCGGAAAAAAAUCAACCAUAUUCAAUCACUUGAAACAUUUUGCUCAGGAAUCGGAAUAAAUCUAUCUAUUGAUGAUGUGGCAUCAGGACCACUUAAUACAGUACAAGAAACAUCAUUUCCAUCACCAUUUACAUCACCAAUGUACAAUGGUGGCUUUCCAUCUUGCCCACUUAAUACAGGGACUCAUAAGACCGGAAGAAAUGAUUUAAGACCAAAUUUAAGUCUUAAUGGAAAUUAUGCUGUAAAAAGUUCUUUCCCUCUAGAAUCUCCGACAACACCUAGACAGCUUUCAAUGCCUAUUCGGUUGUUGCAUGAGAGGUUACGAAAUUCUCCACAGGUUGGAGUUGUUCAUUUUGCUCUUGAAAAUGAUUCAAAUGGCUCAGUAUUAAGUUGGCAGAAUGAUAUUUUUGUGGUUGCUGAACCAAGUGAACUCGCAGAGAAGUUUCUGCAAAGUGUCAAAUGUAGCUUUCAGUCGAUGUUGAGAGGGAAACGCAGGAAAUACCUGUCAGAUAUAUCUAAUAUCUCUACUAUUGCUGAUUUGGUUUCCUGUAGACCAUACUUCCAGAUCGGAGUUGUUGUACAUCACUACUUAGGACGACAAACCCAGGUGAAUGAAGAUGAUCAAGAAAUUGGGGCUUACAUGUUCCGAAGGACGAUUCCUUCUAUGCAUUUGGCUCCUGCAGACGUUCGUUGGAUGGUUGGCGCAUGGAGAGAUAGAAUUAUCAUAUACACUGGUUUAUACGGCCCAUUUCCAGCUCUAGUAAAAGCAUUUCUAGACUCAGGUGCUAAAGCGGUUAUACGCCCUACAACAGAGCCCCAAGAAACACACUUAACAUCAUUCCAUGGAUCUUGUGAUUUAAGUGAAAUAGAGAAUGCAAAAUUUGAAAUCGGGUUGGAAGAAGUAGAAGAAGAUGACGUGGGAGCCAUAAGCCCAAACAGCGAUUGGGAAAAUAUGACUGAAAGAAAUAGUCCAGGUACAGAUCGAGGAAUCCUAAUAUGGGACGAUGAUGAUGAAGAAGAACUCUCGAAAUUUAUAUGUCAGGUGUAUGAUUUGAUACAUUUUGGAGGAUAUAGAGUUGAUGUUGCUUUACAACAAGCUCUUGCUUCUCAUCGGACAAUGAGGUAUUCGUGUCAUCUCCCUCGUAUUCUCUGAUUUGAUAUUGUAGAGUGAAGACCAC